CUGCGCGCUUCCUUGUCGUCCGGGGUUGUGUCCACUCAGCGUCCUAGCAUGGUACAGAUUGACGCUCAAAUCCCAGUCACUCAGCCGAUUCACUCGUGAAAAACGCUAGCUGAGAGCGCUUGUUAAGGCAGUUCCACCUCAGCCACAGGAGGCUCUGCACAGCCUCUACGCUAGGGGGCACCUUGAGGUAAAUUACCUAAUCACCCAGGAGUCAGGUCUUCAUACCACCUUCCCACUUUUCCAUAUCAUCCCCCAUGUGUCAAUUACAAUCGAACCAUCACUGCCAGAACCUUGUUAUUUUUCAACUCCCUUCAGUCUCACCACAAUGGAGGGUGAACUUGCCAAACUGCGUCAGCAACUUCGAGAAGAACAACAACGACGUGAGGAAGCUGAACGCCGACGCGAGGAAGAACAACACCGACGCGAGGAAGCUGAACACCAACGCGAGGAAGCCGAGGAACUUGCGAAAACUUCACGACCAAAAACACUUCAGGCUUAUCUCGAGGCCUGCCACUCGCUCAGUCUCGCCAUUCAGGUCGUUACCGACCGCUCCCUAACUACGCAAGGCGACACGACCAACCCGACCGGUCGAAUUUAUCCUCGACGAAUUAUCCCGUGGGACGACUUCGCAACAGCACAAGAAGAGGUCUGGGCCCAUUUCUUGGACCAGCAAUUCUCUUCCCAGCCCCUCUUCCCAUCUCAACAUCAAUUGGACUAUGUGAUGUCCCUGGUCAGCCCGAUUAGUAGCGAAAUUGGGCUCCGGAAUUACGAACGCGAUACUGUCGAAAACGCGGUGAAGAAACUCGUCGAUGAGGCGUACAAUAACCUGCGACUGCGAACCGAUCUUGGCUUACAGGGAACUGUGACGUUCGAGAGCCAUACGAACCUUGGCGAGACUGACGACAGCUUAUCUGAACACAUGCAUCGUGUGUCCAUCGAGAAGGGCGAUACAGGCCAACCGGCCCCAGCCUCGAGACCGCCGAGCCACAAGCCCCAGCGUAGAGCGCGGGGGAAGGGCAAUCGGGCGGACCAGUUCUGCAUACAACGCACCUCCGACGGUCGGAACAUUCCUGCCGUGGCGAUCGAGUAUAAGGCGCCGCAUAAGCUGGGGCGCAACGAGGUCGCCACAGGCCUGGCGUUCGAGAUCCAGCCGGAACGCGACGUGAUCAACAAAGACGGCGAGGGGUUCGCGUAUGCUUCGAAGGCGCUUGCUGCCGCCGUUGUCACCCAGCUCUUCUCCUAUAUGAUUGGCAAGGGCAUCCAGUAUGGAUACGUGUGUACAGGCGAGGCCUUCGUCUUCCUACACAUUCCAGAUGAUCCCACUACCGUCCGCUAUCACGUAUGCGUCCCCAAUCUGGACGUCCUAGAUGACGACGAGAAUAGGCUUCACCGUACGGCUGUCGCGCAGGUCUUCGCUUUCAUCAUACAGGCCCUGCGUGUCGAGCCGCCUCCUCCGAGCUGGCAUGACGCGGCUGCAGCCCUCGACACCUGGGCUGUAGAAUAUGACGACGUCCUGAGAAAAAUCCCCGAAUCCGUACGUAAGGGCAAGCAAGCUCUCGCCUCUCCCUACAAACCCCAACGCUGGCGAGGUUUCAAGCGCUCGCCGAUCCAGACACGCUCUCGCUGCAAGCAACCCGACACGAACACAAGUCUACGGGACGAUAGCAGCGACGAUGAAGAAGACACUCAGCCUUCCCCUACACCAAGUCGAUCAACUCGUUCUAACAAAAACGCCAUCACUUCGCCAACGGGCGCAGGCUCGGCAGGCGAACGGGGUCAACAUCGACAGGAAGGGCAAAAGAAACAAAAAAGGAUACAAGACCGCCCGUUCUGCACUUCAAAAUGCCUCCGAGGAUUGGCGUAUGGCGGGUCAAUGGACAAGACCUGUCCUAAUUUGGAAGAUCAUGGACACCAGCACAUAAAUCGGGAACAAUUCCUCCGAUCCAUCCUAAUUCAGCUCGCCCAAGACCGCGGCCGCGAUGCGGACGCCGUACCACUCUACCUGUCCGGGUCGAUUGGGUCGCUUUUCAAGGUACGGCUAUCAUCCUCCGGCUACACACUUGUUGCCAAAGGCGUUGAGAGUGUUGACCUUGGUCGACUACGACACGAGAACGAUUUAUACGAUCGACUGCAGCCCAUCCAGGGGACACAUGUACCGGUAUGCCUCGGUAGUGUGGAUCUAGUCCUCCCAUAUUACUACGACAGUGGUGUCUUUAAGCACUUCUUGUUCCUCAGCUGGGCUGGACUACCUCUGUUUGACUACAUCAACCAAACUACCAAGAUCGAUAUCGUGAAUAAGGUUGCCGCGGCUUACAACAGAAUCCAUAGGCUGCGCAUUCUUCACCAUGAUGCGGAGCCGCGCAACAUCCUGUACGAUCAAAGAAGUGGUAACGUUAUGAUUGUGGAUUUCGAGCGGGCCGAGUUUCGCAGUCGUCGACCCCUAGGCUCACUCGGCCCUAACGCUCAGAAUCAGAGGAAGCGACGGAGAACACAGAAGCAAGGAAAGGAUGAUUUCGAGAAAGAACAGGAAUCUGUCACUGGAAGCUUGUUGAGGCUGAUGUAAUGAAACCUAGGGCAUCUGAAUUCAAUUCUGACAGUUGAUUACAGACCCGCCUCAGGCAUUUGUAUCCAAUCGGAUGAUCCGCA